AUGGCAUAUCAUGUAUUGUAUUUUUUUUCUCUGCUCUUGGCCCAUCUGGCUUCAAUGAGAUCUGAAUCGUUUGCAUCAUCUUGGCUUUUCUAUCAAAGCAUGCCAUGCAUUCGCUUUUACACGCAACAAUACAAGACUGUCUUUUGCUUGCGAAUUAAAUUUGCAUCAAAGUGGAAUACAUAUACGCUGUUAUCGUGUCUCCUGCCUCUCAGCACAACGCUUACAUCUCCGUCCCCGUCGCUCAAUCCUGCCAUUCACCACGAAGAUUUCAUUCCUCUUCCCCCCACCAACAAAACAAUCUCUAUACAUCUUGAAAAGCCCUACUACUAUCUUAUCCCCUAG